AUGUCUACAGAAAGUGGAAUGGGAUCAAGCAGAAGGAAUAAUAGUGGUGCCGAAUUGGCCAACACAACCCUGGUUUUCCAAACUGAUGCAGCUGUUAACAGAGACUCCUUGGAUCAUACCGAAGAGCAAAACAACACUGCAGCUACCAUGGGACGUACACAGGGUUCAUCCUCUGCACAGCAAUCUGACGCUUCUUGCUUGUCAGAUAUCCUGGAAUCUUAUGAAGCACAAGGUAUAUCUGCAGCAGCAACAAGUAUUAUUGUCAGCUCCUGGAGACCCAGUUCUGGAGACCCAGUUCUGGAAAACUAUACCAAAGCUACAUUAACAGAUGGAAGACAUACUGUGGUAAGAGGCAGAUUGAUUUCAUUCGACCUCCUAUAGGAGUAGUGCUUGACUUUUUUGUCCAGUUAUAUGAAAAGGGUGCAGGUUACAGUACUAUGAACACAGCAAGGUCUGCACUUUCAUGUUUAGUUGCACCAAUAGACAAUUAUCCAAUGGGUGCUCACCUUACGGUUAGACGAUUUUUGAAAGGUAUUUUUCAGCUGCGGCCAGCGACACCUCGAUAUCACAAUAUUUGGGAUGUCCAAGAUGUGCUACAUCAUUUAAAGACAUUGGUUCCCAUAACAGAUAUCACCUUGAAAGAUUUAACGCUGAAGUUGACUAUGCUAAUUGCGCUGGUAUCGGCUCAGAGGCGUCAAUCUAUUCAAUUGUUAAAUAUUGACUAUAUGGUCAAAGAUGACACUUCUUACGUGUUUACUAUAAAAGACCAUAUAAAACAGUCAAGACCUGGGUAUACGCCACCACGUAUAUAA